AUGGCACCUUCAGCUACGGGUGAGCAGCCUGCAGGGAGGUCGAGAUAUGCUCAUGGAGCAUUGAUCCCCGACGUCGAGAAACAUGGUGACAACCCGGUCAUCAUUCGCCUGAGCGACGAAGAGCUUCACUCAGGAGAAACAAAGUCCGACACGAUACAGGAAUGCCUCCGGUACUUUCACAGAGACGGCUUUGUGGUCAUGGAAAAUGCGAUCGAUGGAAACCUGGUUGAUCGACUGUACCAGCGGAUGGUCCGGGAUAACGAAGAAUUCCUGAAGAGAAAGCACAUGCACUGGAACCAGGGUGCUUCGACUGGGAACGUCAGCCAGAUCCCUCCCUUGACACCAGAAUGGCUUGAUCGAGACUUUUACGCCAAUCCGCAUAUGAUCCGCGUGGUGGAAAAUCUUCUCGGACCAAAACCUGAGCUUCGUUUCAUUAAUAGCAACGUCGCUUGUCCAGGAGGCACCGGUCGUCAAGCUGUCCACAGCGACGUCAAUCACGCCUAUCCUGAAAUUCCUUUUGGAAUCGUCAUGAACAUUUAUCUCCAAGAUUCAGAUGCCGAAAACGGAGUGACAGAAGUCUGGUGUGGGACACACAAUGCGUAUCCUCAAAGUGAGCAGCAGGUCACGCCGGCCAAAGGAUGGAUCAAAAAGGAGUAUCUCCAGAGGCAAGCAAAGGUAAAACCACCUGUGCAACCAAAAGUCAAAAAGGGCAGCAUCUGUUUCCGGGAUCUUCGGCUGUGGCAUGCUGGGAUGCCGAACAAGAGUGAUCGUCACCGCAUCAUGUUGGCCGUCGAUUAUUUCGCACAUUGGUAUCAGUGCCCCAUGACGACAAAAUUGCCAUUGUCAAUGAAAGCCAAAAUCGAACAAGAAUGGAAAGGUAUAUCGACCGAAGGAGUGGAGUGGGUUGAGGGAGACCUGAACAGCCUGGACGUGCCAUUCUAUCUGAAUAUGACACAGGAUCCGUCACAGUACCUACUCCAGACCGAAAACGGAUUUCAAGACCCCAUUGGUCGCCAAACUGGGAAAUACGUCUUUGAUACGGCCAAAGUGACCGAGGAGAAUUACUGGACCCCAGAGUGA